AGUCUCUGCUCUCGUAGUCUCUCACGUUCUCUGUCAACUCGUCCUUUGAGAUUCCCCCUCUUUCAAAUCGCGUUGCCGUCGACCUCAGUAAUGGCCAAGGAUAUUCGCUUCUUCGAGUUGAACACCGGCGCUAAGAUCCCCUCCGUCGGACUCGGCACCUGGCAGUCUGAACCCGGUGUCGUCGGUCAGGCCGUGGCUUCUGCCAUUAAGGUCGGGUACCGCCAUAUAGAUUGUGCUCAAAUCUAUGGCAACGAAAAAGAGAUUGGUUUAGUACUGAAGAAGCUGUUUGAAGAUGGUGUAGUGAAACGAGAGGAUCUGUUUAUUACGUCUAAACUUUGGUGUACUGAUCAUGCACCGGAAGAUGUGCCAGAGGCAUUGGACAGAACUUUGUGGGACUUGCAGCUGGAUUAUGUGGAUUUAUAUCUUAUCCAUUGGCCUGUUCGGAUGAAGAAGGGUUCAAUUGGCUUCAAGCCUGAAAACCUUGUGCCAACUGAUAUACCUAGCACAUGGAAAGCAAUGGAAGCACUUUAUGAUUCUGGUAAGGCUCGUGCAAUUGGUGUGAGCAACUUCUCUUGGAAGAAACUGGGUGAUUUGCUGGAUGUGGCUUGUGUUCCGCCUGCUGUCAACCAGGUUGAGUGCCAUCCCUCGUGGCAGCAGGCCAAGCUACAUGAAUUUUGUAAAUCCAAGGGAGUUUACCUAUCUGGAUAUUCACCAUUGGGUUCUCCUGGGUCAAUAUGGCUCAAGAGUAAUGUUCUGAAGCAUCCACUUCUGAAUAUGGUAGCAGAUAAACUUGGCAAGAGUCCUGCACAAGUAGCAAUUCGCUGGGGCCUGCAAAUGGGACAUAGUGUGCUUCCUAAGAGUAUCCAUGAAGAUAGAAUCAAGGAAAACUUUGAUGUCUUUACCUGGUCUAUUCCCGAUGACUUAUUUGCCAAGUUUUCUGAAAUGGAACAGGCAAGAUUACUAAGAGGGACUUCAUUUUUUCAUGAGACUUUCGGUGAAUAUAGGUCUCUUGAAGAACUCUGGGAUGGUGAGAUCUAAUAAAUCACACAGUGGAUAUGGAGAUACCUACAGUUAUACUCAAAUGGUUAUUUGUGCUUGACAACUUUGUUGAAGCAUGUAGGUGAAUGAGUUCACUAACUGUUUACAGACAUCUCCAGUUUUUCUGUGGUCCUAUCUGGCCUUCUCAAUGAACUGCUGUUAAACUAUUGCUGCAUUGCAUAAUAUUUUGGAUUGAACUGCCAAGAUGUUAUUGGCGCUCGAAUAAUCAAAUGAAUGGAUGGAUAUAUCUUAUUUGGCUACAGUAAAAAUUCUCCCGAUUUAAUCC